CAUGCAAUGCAUUGUGGGUAGGUCAGGAGCAGAAAGGACGCCAUGUGCUUUUGAGGCAGAGGGAUUGAAAGGAGACCCGGCUGUGACAGACUUGUUUUAUUUUUGAGGGACACCGGGAGAAGUUAACGUUAACAUGUACUGCACCAGACGUUGCCUCCGGUCCGCGCUGUGGGCUGCAGCGGCCACACCCCGGCAACAGCUUCAGCGUCAAGCUCCAGCCCUGUGUGCUCUCAGACUUCUAAAGACCAGUCCAGCCACCCACUCAGAUGCCAUCGCCACCCCAGCACUUGACGGAGCACCCAAACAGUAUUCUCCCAAAAUCCAACAGCUUGUCAAUGAUAUAUCCAGCCUCACUUUAUUAGAGGUAUCAGACCUCAAUGAACUCCUCAAGAAAACUCUGAACAUUCAGGAUGUUGGAAUGAUGCCAAUGGGGGCGAUGGUUGCAUCAGCUGUACCUGCGGCUGCUGCAGAAGAGGAGGAGUUACCAGUCAAGAAAGAGCAGACUCACUUCACAGUAAAACUGACAGAAUUAAAAGCAGCUGAAAAAGUGAAACUUAUAAAGGAAGUGAAGAACUGCAUCCCAGGCUUGAAUCUGGUACAGUCUAAAAAACUAGUGGAGUCUCUGCCCCAAGAAAUCCGAGCCAAUGUAUCCAAAGAAGAGGCAGAGAAACUGAAAGCAUCCCUAGAGGCAGCAGGAGGCACCGUCGUGUUGGAGUAGAUCUACGUGCCCACCAGUUCUCCAACAUUUUGCUGCUCAUGUACUUCAUCCUUCAUUCUCUUAUUUCUUUUUUUUUUACAUGACAAAGAGGAGGAUCCCGGGAAGCAAAGAAAUGCCUUCUGACAUUAAUACUGUCUCUUAACAGUGUCAGGUGGGGCGGUACAACUCAAACUGAACUUUCCAGGCACACAGCCUGCAUAAAUGGCCGCCCUGCUGUUUUCUUGUCCUUUAGUCUGCUCAUGUGUCCGUCUGAUACUUGUGUAGCAAACAGAAACACUGGCCUGGGUGCCAAGUAAGUCAGUUGGUCAUUCUGUUUGUGUAUGUUUUCUUUUCAAAGAAGUAAAGAUUAUGCUGUGGGGACAUGGUUACCAUUCCCCAUAUUGAAGAACACCAGAUACUGUAUCUAGUUCAGGGGAUGGCAGAGCUGAGUCCUCAUACUUACAGAAUUGUUAUUAAUGAAUAAUUAAAGUUGAAAAAUCCAUAU